GAUGUCCGGAAGAGGAAAAGGCGGCAAAGGUCUUGGAAAAGGAGGCGCUAAGCGUCACCGCAAAGUUCUCCGUGAUAACAUCCAGGGUAUUACUAAACCUGCCAUCCGCCGUUUGGCUCGACGUGGCGGUGUGAAGCGUAUUUCCGGCUUGAUCUACGAGGAGACCCGCGGUGUGCUCAAGAUUUUCCUGGAGAACGUGAUCCGUGAUGCCGUCACCUACACCUAGUA